CAGACGAGUUCUAAAUCCCUCGCCAUUGUUCCCCGCUGCUCUCAAGCUCGUAGAUUGCUAUUUCUAUCUAGAUCGCUGCUGAGAUGUCGGACGAGGAACAUCACUUCGAAUCAAAGGCUGACGCUGGCGCGUCCAAGACGUUCCCGCAGCAGGCCGGGACUAUUCGUAAGAAUGGUUACAUUGUCAUUAAAGGCCGUCCCUGCAAGGUUGUGGAAGUUUCAACUUCCAAAACUGGAAAGCACGGGCAUGCUAAGUGCCACUUUGUUGCAAUUGACAUCUUCACUGGGAAGAAGCUCGAAGAUAUUGUCCCAUCUUCCCAUAACUGUGAUGUGCCCCACGUCAAUCGUACUGAUUACCAGCUCAUCGACAUCUCUGAGGAUGGAUUUGUGAGCCUGCUUACUGAUAAUGGGAACACUAAAGAUGAUCUGAGGCUCCCAACCGACGAGAAUCUACUUGCUCAGAUUAAGGAUGGGUUUGCUGAGGGAAAGGACCUUGUUGUCAGUGUUAUGUCUGCCAUGGGAGAAGAGCAGAUCUGUGCCCUCAAAGACAUUGGCCCCAAGUAGUUUGUUUCCUUUUUUCCUUUACAUGUUGGGAUUGUGUGGUUUUAAUUAAGUUUUGCAUUUUCUUAUGAGAUUGGUGUGUGAUAUUAUCACAUAUAAGGGAAUGAUUGGAGGGCCAUUGGCCAUCAUAUAUAUUAAGGAUUUCUUGGUGAUGCCUUUUGGCCCUUCACUAUCGAUAUCUUAUAUAUACUCUUUUAUUA